UACACUUAAAUAUGUUCUUUGAGCUGUAAAUUGGCUCUUGAGCUGUAAACUAGCUCAGCAUUUUAUGGCUUGAAAAUGGCUCAACACGCCAUCUACGGGGGUAGAUUUGACCCAUUGGUACAUACCUACUUUAUGAUAUACCUACAUUCGAAUGGGGUAAAGUCUCAGCCCCUCGCCCACCUUUUAGCAUUCUUCAAAACUAAUCUACACUUUAAUUUAUUGCACGAAGGCUAGGCACGUUUAUUUAUAGAGCACAAUUCAUACACAAUGGCAAUUAGAAGUGCUCUACAAAUGAGCAGAUAAAAAAGAACAUCGAGAAAUAGUAGAUUGAAACGUUACAAAGGACUUUGACCAAACGCUUCUCCUUUUUAUGGUAGUUAGUCACAUGGUUUUAAUGUGCAAAUGGAAGUCCGAUCCCUUAUCAUGCAUGAGUGAGCAAAGGUCCAAGGUUGGGCCAGUGGAGACCAUCCAAAACAAAGAGCUGUGUGUGGAAAUCCUAUGCUCUGAACACUAUGCUGAAAUGGAACUUGGUGAGAUUUUACAAAAAAAAUACUUUACUCUACUCUAAUACUCUACAUUUAUUAUCAGCUGUGAAUGAAUUAAUGCAUUUACGUACAUGGAGAAUUGAGAAUGAAUUACCAUAUGUGAAAGUAGGACCAAGAAUUUCCGUGUGACGUUUGAUUUGAGGUAACGUUGACACAAUCGGUGUAGAUAAUUAACUAUUUCUGUUAGAAACAGCAGGAAUGGCGCAUGGGAGCACUCAUUUCAUAACCACGGACGAAAAUACUUCUUUUGUCCGUUAGUGGGAAAUGGUAACAAAAUGCAGAACGUUUAUGUCAAGACAACACAGAAAAACAGAAGAUAGCAAACAAAAAAACCUCAACCACUCCAAGCUCACUUUGAGGAACUGAGAAAUGAUGACAUUUCCACCCAAUGCAAUAAUGAGGAACAGCAUGUGAAACUCAUGAGUACCUUUAGAAGCACUUUUAAAAGAGGAAUACACAGAGACUCCAUGUUAACUGGAGAUCUCUACCGAAGAACUCUUCAUGUCAAGCUCAACGGGGUGAUAUUUUGGGAUAGUACAACAUGGAGGCGCAGUGUGGCAGGAACAGAGGUGUGAUCCCGUCACUGAGAUCACCACACCUCACCGGGACUCCCAAGCUAAAGAAUUUCAUCAUUCCCAGAAAGAAGAGAGCUUCUGGAACAGCUGUGCUUGAGCCGUGUGCAAAAGAAAGCAGGGAUUUUACUCUCAUUGAAUCGACCCUAAGUGACUUAAUGUUAGACACGGGAAAGGAGACCUGCAAAUGGGAACAUGCCAAGCUUGUGCACAAUGACGAUCUACUGAGAGAAUUUGCAGAGAAAAGAUCAGAAAUGCGUUCAAGAGGCAGACAUCUACGAGAGACUGAGGAGAGAUUCUGUUUUCUGGUUGCAUCUGAUCAAGAAACAACACAAAUUUACCAGCAUGGCCUGAAGGUUGAGAAAACAAACCAACACUCUCUGGGAAAGCCAUCACAUGGAGUGUAUUUAUUCAGGCAUGUGGAUGUUGCCUUGAAAAAUCCAGAUUGCCAGCCUGCUGCAGGGAAAAACAUGAUCAUUUUCAAGGUGCUCUUUGGAAAAGUUAAAAAAGUAACUCCAAGCUCGGUGGAAACGGGCACACAGGAUCCCACCAUUUCUUUUGACUGUCAUAUGUCCAGAGACACAGUGUCCCCUCGAGACAGUCUGUCACAGCAAAUCCUUGGUUCCUCAGUAUUUCUGUUUGACUACAAUGAGAAUCAGGACCUGACGACGAGGCCACGCCAAUGCUUGCCUUAUGCAGUGAUUCCCAUUGCUUCCGUGAAUUUGCCCACAUCAGCAAGCAUACCAGCUUCACCCACUGAGCUGCCACCCAAAGUCUUGAAGCAUGGUCCAGGAGAGAGUUUGAAGGCUUUCGUCUUGGCAGAACGACGGGGGAAGGGACAAAGUGCCACAGUAAAGUUCAAACAUUUUGGCCCACAAGGACCUCACGUGACUGAACAAAUGCCUCAUGAAGCCGGUGUGGAGAGAAAAACGGACUAUCAAAACACACCGUCGUAUGUUCCAUAUGUCCCUCAGCUUCAGAGUGUGAAUCAUUAUCAGUUUGGGCCUUGGGCUGGUUACACCCCAGCUUUGGAAGACAACAUUCAGUAUGGAAAUACUGAGGUGCCUCCUUCAGCCUUUUUACAUCAAAGCCAAAUUUCUGAUCCCAGAGUUCAGAAUGAAUCUUUUAAAGAGGGAGGAGCAAGGAUCUCCACCAUUGUCUACUCAUCUAAAACAGUGAAGGAUCCACGGUUGUCAGGACGAGAGUUGGGAGACCCAAACAGGACUGCUUCAGCGGUGCAACAGAUUUUGGGUACGACGUCCGAGAGCAAUAGGAUAAAUGCACGAAAAGAUCUUUCAAGUUCACAACUUCAGGCUAAUGGAUGUAGAAGUACUUCAGCUCACACUGGAACAUAUCCCCAAAACUCCCAGCAUGCUUACACUAUUGAAACCUCAGAGGCAGAGCCUUGUGAGUUUUCGGCGACACAUAAAUCAGAGAAAUUGCCUUCAUUAAAGCUGUUUAAGAUGAAAUUUCAGAAAUACUUUCUGUAUUUUCAAAUGAAUGAGGCAGAGAGGAGGAAGCAUGUUUGGUCACGGACAGAUUUGCAAUUGGAUCAGAAAAACCUGUUGCUGGAUAGAAUCCAUUUUUAUGAGCAUUACUAUGAAAAGUACAAAAGAGGAUUACUAUUUUCUCAAGUUCGAAAAACAGACCAAUCACUGUCUAGGGAAAGGACAAAUGAGAGAAGUGUUUACCCAACUGGAACCGACAGUACAAGUAAACACAAUGAUGAAAAAACAAAACAAAUGUGUACUCAGCUGAGAAAACCAGAACAAUCUGAAUCAAAUUCAACUCAUGCACAAGGUCAGUUUGAAACCAGUCGGAGCACACCUGAUUGCCUUACAUCAGAACAAAUCAAACAUGUCAGACCUGAACCCACUGCCUUACAUCUGAUUGAGCUGGAACAUGAUGUCCUUCCAAAUGGGCACACUGUCAAUGAGGAACAGACAGUCGAUGGCUUGAGUUCAAAUCCUCAACAGCCAGCAGGCUUGCUGCAGGUCCCUUGGGUACAUCCAAAACCUGGUGGAGACUUAGAGAGUCCAAUGCAGGUAAACACACAAAGGGAAGAGGUUGGAGAAGUACCACAAGAUCUCCCUGAAUCCUCCAUAGAGGGUUCACAGAUGUCUCUGUCACUCACUGAAACAGAGAGCAUUGAAUGCCUGGCUGAAGAGGAAGUAAAGGAGGUGUCCAUUGGGCAUACUGAGAGAAAGGAGGAGGACCCAAGUGAAGACAUUACCUUUGAGAAGGAGGGGGAAUUUCUGGAUGUCGGUAUGUAUGAGGAGGUCUGUUCUAUGAAUGAAUCGGAAAUCUUUAUGGCAACCACGUCGUCACCAAGGAGCCAAGGAGGACAAAUAGACCUGAAGAUAACUGACUCAGAUGGAGCAUGGAAGGAAGAGGAAACAUUAAAGAAUUUCAAAAACAGUGAAAAAUCUGAGAAUUGUCGUAAGCUAAAGACAGAUGUUUCAGAGGUCAGUGCUAAUGCAAUAUACAGUUUGUUGUAUGAAAGACUACAGUUUAGUCAACUGUUGCCGAAUUCAACUCCAACCCAUUGUAAGCCAUACCUGAAACCCCGAUGCCCAGACCAAACCACUGCCUCUACCAAAGACAACUUUGUAAAUUGGAACAUUCAAGCAGCCUCAACCUACAAUGACUGUGAUGUCCUGCAUGUGAAAAAGAGAGAUUUGGAAAAGCAUGCCAUGCUUGGAAUCACAAUCAAAAGUAACGUCAGAGACCUUAAUGACAUCAGAAAACCAAUGACCCUGUCUAAGAGAUUUUCCCUUUUGUCAUGGCAACCUUUGUCCGGCCUUCUGAAAGAUUCCAUAUUGGCUGAUAGAAAAAAACAAUGUGUCACAGGGUCCAUAUCAAGCAAAACUGAAGAACCCAAUAGUAACUUUAAUGUGAAGUUGGUCAAACUUUUGACGCAAAAAUACAAUGAAUUCCAAUUAAGGACCAGUCGGAGGUGUAGAAAAUUGAGAGAAGUGUCUGAUUUCAAAAGUACCAUUCAUCGCAUUUCACAUAGGAGAUCAAGGAGGCCUACUUCAAAUAGCACACUUAAAAAGGCAUUUAAUCUUAAGAGACGCUAUUUCAAGACAUUACCAAGAGUUGUCAGAAAAACUAAAUUAUCCAGAAGAGUUAUCCAAAACAGAAAAGAGGGUGUUUUAAGCAAAGAACCUUCACAUACAACUGAAACCAGGAAGGAAGCUGAAUUGGAGCAAAGUAACAAGAGUGUAGUAACCGGUAGUGAGGACAGUGCUGUUGAAAUAUCUUACUCACACACUCUCCCUGAAUGUGUGUCUUCAACAGCCCAUAAUGAACCAACAGACCAAAGUCUGAAAAGUGAAGGCCAAAAGAGUGGUAGUAAUCGCAGCAUUGAUAGAAAUGAAUCCGAUCCCAACCCCUCUGUCAUGAACAACACACAAGACUCAAACAAGGAUGUUGAAAUGGAAGGCGUAACAAACCAAGAUAAAGAUGAAGUACUGCAGAAGGUUCAAGAUGUCGUAAAUGAGAGUGGGCGUGUGGAGGAGGUUAAAUGCCAAUACAACAAGACACCGACUAAAAAUGAUAUUUCAACAAAGGACUAUUUGAGUCAUAACCUUAACCCAGGUUCAGGGAUUCAAAAUGAUGGUGUCUUAGAAAACACUAAUAACCAUAGCACAUCUAAUCUCCAUGUGGAAAAGCCUCUGAAUUUACAGACUCAAUUAAAUGCAAAAGAUCAAAAAUCCCUAGUGGACAGCAAUGUGGACAGCAAUUCCAAUCUUUCUCCGGAUGAGCGGAAAAUAAAAUUUGACACAGAUGUCCAGGAAGUCAAACUCAUAAGUAAAUUGCGAAAUUAUCUGACUAAAUUUGAGACUACAGUGAAAUUACAGGAACCACUUGAUGGAAUUUCAUCAGAACCGUCUCAACAGACUUUGAGUACUCCCAGAAAGGAUGAUACAGUACAAAAGUCACUGCUACUUGGAACGCAAAACAGAGAAGUGCUGAAUCCCGAAUGUAGAUAUAGUGUCGCAGAACUAAAAAUUGAUUUACCCAAUCCUGGACCUCCUGGGAGCAGCCUACCGAGCCAAUCAGUGACCUCAACAAGCCAGCAGAACAUUCUGCCAGCAGAUACCAGUGAUCCUGGUCUCUUAGAUGAAACGACACAGUUAUCGAUAACCAGUGGUCCCAAACCUGUUUCACGAUUAAGUCCCGACAGCACAACUACGUUGGGAACUGUCUCGGAGAAAGCCAUCCAGCAUCCUUUGAUUGAACUGAGCAGACCUAAAUUACCACCUGAACCUCAGAAAAUGCAACCAAAAAUCCCUGAUGGUGAUCACCAUAUUCAAAGCACCAACCAGAUUAACGUGCAGUGGGCCAGUGUCAUCAAACCGGCAACACACAACACCAAAACUCACAGUAGACAAAAUGGAGAAGCCCAUCAAGUCAAGGUUAAGAAGCCGGAAGCUGCACAAGGUCCCAAAUUGUAUGCUAAAACAGUGAACACUAUAUCUUUUCAGAGACAUUAUAACACAGAAGACAUUUCAAACAUUCUAAAAGAGGCUGAUUGUGUGGGCGCCAUAGAUGACCUCCUCUCGUUGCUGCACAGGUCGAAAGAUAUGCUCCAGUAUUUCAUUUCAAACUUUGAACGUGAUCAGGGUAUUGCAGUACAGUAUGGAAUUGUUACUCGUGACAUCAUUUUAGAUAGAUACCUACAUCACCCACCAGCUCCCUAUGACCUUAAGUAUGAAGCGUUAAGUUCAUUUUUAGAAUUGCAAAUGAUAGUGGAGGCAAAGCAAUUCAUGGAGAAUAAAAUGAAUUUUCUGACUGCUAAACCAACAUUUAGGAGUUUGCUUUGGUAUGAUCCCUCUCUUUAUGGUGAACUGUUCAAAGGCAGAGUUGGAUAUCAACAACAGUCUUGUGUCUACACCUCAUUCCAGCAAGGACUUGCAAUUGAAGGCUACAGCAAAUUGCAGAAUUACCACCUAGCAGUGACCACACUGAACCAGCAGCUGAAGAUGGUUCCAGCCACCUCGUAUUACUUGUAUCUAAAAAGCAAGAGGGAGAAGCUUGAAAUUGAGGCUGCUCUGCAAAACAUCAAUGACUUUGAGAGCUUUUUUCUCUCAGUCCCAAUUAGUUCUAUGAUCAACUUUGGUGAUAGCCCAGAACACCUGGAGAGGCUUCAGAACCGAGUGAUAUCCUUCGUUGAAACUCCCGCUGCAAAGAUGCCGGGAGCCUUUGAUGUGGGGAAGGCGGAACAUCUCUCCAUCAUCUGCAGAUUUCUCCAGGAGAAGAUGAACUGUGUGAAGACCUGUAAAGUGAUCAGCAGCCCGGUGUCAUGGUUCGGAUUGGAACACCUCCUCUACGAUGCCUCGAAGGUUUUGGUGUCGAGGGACGCGGCGGCACGUAGCUCAUCCCAAGAUAACGCCUUAAAAUUCCAUAGUGUAAACUCAAAUCUUAGUUAUGGAGCCCCAAGUCCUUGGUUGCCUGUGGUGAACACACCCACACAGAUGCCACAGAGCCAUGGUAGAUUGAAGUCUGCUGGGCAGCGAGUGGACACGAAGGGAAACCCCCUGCGUAGGGCAACCACAGAGAGGAAGCAAUAUUUAAAGAAGCGUAAAAGCAUUGGCCCUGUGGAAACGACACCCGUUGCAGUCAAAAGGAGACACAGUUGUCCUGUUAUCGGAGACAAUAAUGAGCAUGCCCCCACAUACAUCCAACCUCAGAUCAACCAAAUCAACCUUGGCCAGUUCCAGCCAGGGCUGCACAGUAAUAACCUGCUGAAGCAGCACGCAGCUCUCUGGAGACGAAGGACACAGGACAACCCUCCUCCUCCCCAACUGAAAUCGCCCGCAACGGUUCCCCCAGGACGACAGUCACACUCGCACAUAAGGGCUUUACUGUUGACAAAACAACAAAAAAAUGUUUCACAUCAGCAACCCUCACCAUCGCAUCCUUUACCAGACAAUCCAGUUGGUAUACCUGCCAUGCAGAAAUUGGUGCCGCCACCAUUAACCACUACAGAGACACCCCUGUAUCUUCCCCAUGUUUUUCCGCCGCCCUAUGAAAGCGUGAUCCAUCACCUGCCAGUGAAGAACACACCCCAAUACUCCGAGGUGUUUAAAGAACCAAAAAACCCGUUCGCCCUCGGCCCAGUUCCCUCGCUGCAGCUUCCUCCCUCUUUACGUACACCUAGACCUGCACUGUCAGCUCUUCACUCCUCAACUCAGUUCACGUCCAGUCCUGAUAAUGCGGCUCAGUUCCCUGAGCACGCACCUUUAAACUAUCCUUUCUUUGUUUUAAAUGGUUGCACAUACACAUCUGCAACUUCUGAUGUGCCUAACAAGGCUGUCCCUAAUGAUUCAAGGCUUAAUCCUCAGGAAAGUUAGAGAAAGACAAGCCAAGUUUUGCAAUGGUAAUUAUUCUUUAGUAGUUCUAGUUCUUUACAAUAACCAUGUAAAUCUAAUGUUAACUAAAAACAGAUCAAUACAUACCUUGAUUUGUAUUGUUUUCUGUUGUUGUUUUUGAGUUUUUUGUACUCUUGAUUUAGUUAAAUCCUUUCCUGGAUAUAUGUUAGAAUUAAGACAUGUAAUGUGUUUGUACAGUGUAGAUGAUCCUUUGUAUAUAGUAUACAUGGAGCACACGGUGAGAUAAGUACACUGAAAAUGGAUCCUGUUUACUGUAACCACAUGCUGUAAAUGCUCAAUGUAUUUAUUUAUUUAUACCCGAGAUGCAAAUGCUAAGUACUAAGUGUUGGAUCUAUUUAAAGUCCCAUUGCUUAAAAUUAAAACAUUCCUCUUUGUA